UUACUCUUACAUGGCAACCUCGUGCCAAGCCCCUAGCACUUCACCAGCACAAAGAUUAGAUCCGACUCCAGUCCCUUCCACUUGGAUCCAGCAGGGACCACUUGGGUUGCUGCCAGGGCAAGGGGCUUCCCCAGCUUUUCCAGAUAAAGGGGCUGCCUUUCCUGUACUCCAGACACUUCCAACAGGAGCCACGUACACACUCCAGCCUGUGGCUUCUCUUCCGCCACUUCAGCAAGGGACUCAAAGCGUUGCCGCAUCCAUUGCAAAUUGCAGCAGCUCUGCAUCUUCAGUGCCCUACUCACAAGCCUGCUAUCCAACAGCCACACCACAGAGCUGUUCAGCAGCAGCCCACACAGAUCCUCUGACUGGCUGUGCUGGUCCUGCUGCUUCAGCGUGCACCCACGACAGCUUUCUCCAGGUGAGCGUAGCCUACUGAAAGGAGGUGAAAGAGAAGGAGACUGUAUGAAUGAACUGCAGAAUCCUCCAAUGCAGUCAUCUUAUGAAGCUGAACUGAUGCCGUCUGACUGGCUAUGUAAUAUAUCUGAAGAAAACAAGAAGGCAGAAGUCAGUCUUGAAGCCACGUUUCAGGUUGCCGCUGAGGUGCAUUCAUCAUGCAAAGCUGAAAAGGUGGGAGUGGCACCUGUAGAGAGCCAGAAUUCAAUCCUGGAGUUUAAUGGAAAUCAGGCACCGCCUGUUAAUAGUUACGCACCACCUUCAACUGAGGAAAGCCAGCUGGAAUGUCUCACUCUGUAACUUCAGACACAUCAUUUCUGGUGGAAGCAGAUGGAGCACUGAAUUUGUCUCCAUUACAGCCUUCUGACAUUCUUUGUGCUGCCGAUACCACUCUGUCUAUAGAAACUGCUGCUGCUGCUAAAAUACUACAAGAACUUCUGACCACACAGGAAGCAGAUGAAAAACGGAGCAAAGAACCAGAUCACCGCCCAGCUGAGUUCUCCCUCAUGUUUUUUCAGGAAGAAUUGUUCAGUCCAGAGCAGGAGAAUACUAGUGUUAAAAGUGAAUCCAGGACAUCGGAGACAGAAGAGAGACAAUUCACUUCAGGAGCUGAGCCUGUGAACGAAUCUGUAGAACAGACAGAUUCAUCUGUAAAAUCUUUCUCCCGGAAAAGACGCAGUUCAGACACAGGCAACUCUCUCGAUCUCCGUCUGCUGGUGGACGCCCCUUGGAAGCGGGGGUGCUUUCUGGCGGUGACAGAUGUGCAGCAGCUGCCAGCUGGCUUCCCUUGUCAGACGUGUAGCGAUGUUGCAAGAAAUGGAGCUUUGGCACGGCAACGGGUGUCGCAUCGGUGUUCUCUCCGUGUUCUCGAUGACCAGGGAUUGGUACUUGCGUAAUGGCUGCUUAGAAAAGAAAUCUUUGCCCAGAGGAGCCUGCUGUGUGGCCCAGCCCUCAACGAGGUGUUCAGGCCUGGACAUAACUUUUAAUACCAAAGUGCAAACCAGUUCUGUUUUGAUGGAGUUCUGAGAGUUCUGACACCGUUUAGGUAACAGCAUGAAAUGUUGGCAUGUGGCUGAACUUUGUUGAUUCCAUAGCUGGUAAAUAUUCCCUGGUCAGCCUUCCAAAAGUAAUCUGCCCAGGGGGAUGCAGGAGGCUCGGCAGCAAGUAAAGCAGGGCUUUGCAGGGUGGGGGGUGGUUUCUCAUUGAACGUGUCCUCAGGGAGACUGACAUGUUUGAAGCAAACGGGAGGCUGGUGGAAUAGGUGCACACAGCCAGUGUGCGUGUUGUAAAUAGAUGUUAUGAUUGCUAGCCUUAGACUCUGUGUUAGCGAUUACUAUAUCCAAAUAUAAAAAAAUUGGAAAAUAUCAGAGCUGCACAACAAAGGACAGCCCUGGGAAGCACAAAAGCCGGGAAACAAAACCAGUGCAUUUACAGGUACCUUAACUCUGCAUCUUCGUGUUAUAUGGUUUGCUGUUAGAUGCUGGCAAAACAGAGUGUAUUACUUCUGGAAGAACUAAAUUCUGCAGCAGAGUAAUAAUGGGUGCUGCUUAUCGUAUGGAGCCUUUCCCUCUUUGUAGACAAGUCAGCUAAGAAGUUAACUGUAUUUGUGAUUGCUUUUGCUAAAAAUGGUCUGGCGCUGGAGGCUGUCCCAGUGUGCCUCCCCAGCCGAGGGCAGAGCCGUGUCUUUUUGCUACUCUAACGUUGUUCCUUACUUGAUAAUACCGCUGUAAGGGUACCCAGUAAUUCACAAGUGGAGCUGCGACCCUUUGCAGCCUGGGAUCAGAUGAGAAGAUGCCAACAAGUGAUGUUGCAAGGUGGGACAAGUGCUUGCCCCUGUGUCUCUCUCACUUUCAUGCACUCUUCAGCCUUUGCCCUCAAGAUCGAAGUCUUUUGGCCAGGAGGCUCGAUGAGGCCGUGGCUGCUUCUGGAGUGCCUUGUGCUGCAUGAAAGGGGAAGAGAUGAGAAGCCCUACGCUCAGUUCCUCCUCCUCCUUGCUCAUAGUUCAGGAGAGAGCGCAGAACCCAGCUGGAGUGUGUGCAUCCCUGUAGGGACUCUGUAACCGUAAGGCUGGUAGACUUCAGAGCUUUGGGAGAGCAACUCUGAAUUCAUUGGGUCACAGAUCUAUACAACUUGCCACCAAAGGUACCACGUGAUCAGUUUUCUAUACAAAGUGUAAUUUAGCUGUUAGGCAAAGCAGAAGUUCAGGUCUCCAUCUCUGGGUCCUCAGUGGAGAUGUACAGCAGAGAUGCAGGAGCCUCCAGGCACAACAGUGAAUUGUGUAAAACAACGCCAAGGAUGCAAUUAACUAUUCAGCUGACUGCAGAGGCAGACGGGCACUGUAUGCCAGCCGCUCCUCGUUAUUACUCUCUGUCUGCACAGCCACCUUGAGAAGACCUUGGGACUAUGUUAGCGAGAGAGCUCCUCACAGACGCUCAGCAUCACCUUGCCUUGUUCAUGCUGCAGUGGCUGUCGGGGCAGCAGCGGGAAACCAGCGGGCGUUGCUCCAGCACCAUGGCUGAGCGCUCAGUCUCGGGCUCUUCAGAUCACGCCAGAGUGAGCCAGGAGUUUAGUUGAGACUUGAGAAACGAAAGCACCUGUAGACGUGCCUCUCAGCUGGGAACCUUUAGGUGACAGCUGUGUAAACCCUCUCUCGGCUUUUUCUUGUUUCAGGCUAAGCUGUUUGGCUUUGCGUUGUGGAUGAGCACUUUUACAGCCAGAAAAUAAGAGAGGUUACUUGAUGCUUUCUGGAUGAUUGCUGUGGGCUAAAUGGCAUGUACUGAUGGUAUCAGAUGCACUUUAGCCUUGUGCUCCAAACGAAUCUGGGAGUAAAAACUCAACUGAUAAACUACAAAUGCACCGCAUACUCUGGCUUUGGGUUCUUGAGUCAUUAAAAGUAAACUGAGGCUCUCUAAAGAAUAAUUUUGUCCACAUAUGUUAAAACACGAUGGCACCUUCUGCCAUUCCAGUUUCAAGAAAGGAGCUUUUUCCUUUCCCCCCCCCUCCUCCUCCUCCUCC